CACAGCCUCCCAUUGAUCAUGGCUCAAAUUCAUUUAAUCUCAAUUGAGACUUCAAACUUUGUUUCUACAAGAUGAUGCAGACCUUGCCCAGUCAUGGACAACUUGUCACUUCUUGCGACCCGGAUUACGACAGUAGGGUGAAAGAAAUGCAGGAAUUCGACGAGACCAAGGCUGGAGUCAAAGGCCUCGUGGAUUCUGGCGUGACCAAGAUCCCCAGGAUCUUCAUCCACCCGCACGAGAACUUGCGCCGCCUGUCAUCCAACGCGGACGGCACCAGCCUCCGGGUCCCGAUCGUCGAUCUAAGAGGCUAUCGGGAUUCUCGGCGGCAAGAUGUCAUCGACGGUAUUCGCGAAGCAUCGGAAGCGUGGGGUUUCUUUCAGAUUAUCAAUCACGGGGUUCCGCUCGACGUGGCGGACAACAUGUUGGAGGGUGUGAAGAAGUUCCACGAGCAACGAGUGGAAGUUAAGAAAGAGUUGUACUCUAGAGACGGUUCGAAGAGAGUGAGGUACUUUUCCAAUGGAGACUUGUUCAUGUUUAAAGCAGCGACUUGGAAGGACACUGUCCUAUUCGAUUUCCAGGAUGGUGAUUUAGACCCAGAGGCUGUUCCUCCUAUUUGCAGAGAGGCAGUUUUCGAGUACGAGAAACAUAUGGCGGAACUGAAGACAUCAUUAGCUGAACUAUUAUCGGAGGCAUUGGGCCUUGCUUCUGAUUAUCUCAGUGGCACUGAGCGUAUGAAAUCGGAGAUGGUAAUAGGCCAUUACUACCCAGCUUGUCCUGAACCAGAAUUGACUCUCGGCACGGUUAAUCACACGGACAUGACGUAUCUCACUCUUCUCCUUCAAGACCACCAUGGUGGCCUCCAAGUCCUACAUGAAAACCACUGGGUUGAUGUGGUUCCCGUGCAUGGAGCACUACAAGCCAACAUUGGAGACUACAUGCAGCUUGUUACCAACAACAAGUUCAAAAGCGUGGAGCACCGAGUACUUGCCGGGCGGGUCGGACCCCGUGUUUCAGUCGCGUGCUUUCUCUCCCCAAGCAGGACGGAAAAAACCAAACCCCUUGGGCCAAUAAAGGAGCUUCUCUCUGAAAAUAAUCCACCCAUAUACAAAGAAACCUCUCUUUCAGAAUACGUCACCUGUUUCAGAUCCCAUGGCCAAAGGGCCAAUUCAACACUUCCUCAUUUCAGGAUAAGCGACUCCAAAUAGAGCAGAGUUGUGGAAAAUCCUGAAUGAGAGUGUCAUGAGUGGUUAUAUCAUGUAUAUGAGUUUGUGGUAGGACUUUGUAACUAUCUGUUUUGCUUUGUGCAAUAAAAUCUUACUCGUCCAAAACAAAUCAGUGUCAAAGUUAAUUCUUCUGAUGCAAAGUGGAGUGUCACUAUGUUCUUCAA